AAAGUCGGAUUCCAACAAUUGCCAUCCUUAUUAAGUAGACAGACUCCAAAACGCCGUUUCAAAUAUUCCCUACUCCUGUCUCACACCCGCAAAAGCACAUUCCUCCUCCACUCUCCAGAAACCCUAAUCCCUAAUUUUUUUCCCAUCAAAACUAAAUCAAAUCUGCAACAAUGGCGAGCGGAGGUCCUAACCUAGAGUGCAGAAUGUACGAAGCGAAGUAUCCAGAAGUAGACAUGGCGGUGAUGAUUCAAGUGAACAACAUCGCUGAUAUGGGCGCUUAUGUUUCUCUUUUAGAAUACAACAAUAUUGAAGGAAUGAUACUUUUCUCUGAGCUUUCUCGUCGUCGAAUUCGGAGUGUUAACAGUCUGAUUCGGGUCGGGCGUAUUGAACCCGUCAUGGUUCUUAGGGUUGACAGAGAUAAAGGUUACAUUGAUUUAAGUAAACGUAGGGUUUCUGAAGAAGAUAUUGCUCGUUGUGAGGAACGUUAUAAUAAGAGUAAGCUUGUUCACUCUAUUAUGCGUCAUGUUGCUGAAACUACCAACAUCGAUUUGGAGGAAUUAUAUAUACACAUUGGGUGGCCUCUGUAUCGGAAGUAUGGACAUGCUUUUGAGGCAUUCAAGGUUAUAGUGACCGACCCUGACACAAUUUUGGAUCCACUUACAUAUGAAGUCAAAGAAACUGGUCCUGAUGGUCAAGAGGUUACAAAAGUUCUCCCUGCUGUGACCCCAGAGAUAAAGGAUGCUUUGAUUAAGAAUAUUAGGCGAAGAAUGACUCCUCAGCCUCUGAAAAUCCGUGCUGAUAUCGAGAUGAAGUGUUUCCAGUUUGAUGGAGUUCUUCAUAUAAAGGAUGCCAUGCGUAAAGCUGAAGCUGCUGGAACAAAUGACUGCCCUGUGAAAAUUAAACUAGUUGCACCACCGCUUUAUGUCCUUACCACUCAGACCCUUGAUAAGGAACAAGGUAUUGCGACCCUUAACAAGGCAAUUGUGGCUUGUACUGAAGAAAUUGAACGCCACAAAGGAAAAUUGGUGGUGAAGGAUGCGCCAAGAACUGUGAGUGAAAUUGAUGAUAAACUUCUUCGAGAGCAAAUGGAUAAUUUAUCAAAAAUGAAUGAAGAAGCCAAUGGCGAUUCUGACAGUGAGGAAGAAGAAGACACCGGCAUGGGUGAUGUGGAUGUUGAAAAUGCCGGUUUUCAUGAGUAGUUAAGAAUUUGAAGCGAUGGUUUUUACCUUGCUGUUUUGUCAACUAUACAUGGCCAGAUGAGCUUUUUUUUUUGUUAUUAUUUUAUUACAUGGCCAGAUGAGCUUUUUUUUUUAAUUUUAUUUUUUAUUUUUUUUGGCUUUUUGAAGGUUUAUAAUGAAGUAUUUUGGUUUACUAUUGCUUCAAAUUCAGUGAAGGACAACUAAUUAAUAUCGAGUAUAUGCGGCACUUUUGCAAGUGAA